UUCGCCCUUAUGUCUUUUUUUUUACAUGAGCUCUAUUACCUAUCAAAAUAUGGAUUGGAAUUCUUUUCAAACUGUUCAUUGAUUUUGCCGAUCAAUCAAUUACGUCUUGGAUACGUUUUGGCUUAAAGACAUUAGAUACAAUUGUUUACUAAAGGGGAAAUGGAACAAGGAAUUCGCGAGCUGGAAGCUGCCGCUGGAGUGCUGCUGGCACCACCAAACUGUGUGACGAAUGAACAAAGACAUGGGGCAGAAGAGGUCUUUAUGAACUUUCGAAAGAUAAAAUCCCCAUUUGUUCUCUGCAAAUGCAUUUUAGAUGUGAGCACCUCUGAUUUGGUACUUUUCGAAGCAGCUGGCUUACUCAAGGAUUCCUUGAUACGGGAGUGGAGCUCUGUGUCAGAACAAGAUCUGAAAAAUCUAAAAACCUAUUUGCUUAACUAUGUGGUGCAAAAGACAACUCUGUCUGCCUAUGUUCGUGAGAGAAUUCUACAGGUUGUUGCCAUUAUGGUAAAAAGAGGAAGUGUUGAAGAUUUGGGUGCUGACAGAGGACAAAUACUAAAUGAUGUGGAACAACUGGUCGUCAGUGGAGAUAGUAAUCAGCAAAUGAUUGCAUGCAGUGUUUUGGCAGCUAUCAUGCAAGAAUAUUCAAGCUCGGUUAAGUCAUCGGACGUAGGACUGCGAUGGGAGAUACACUUUAGGGUCAAGCGUCAAUUUGAAGGCACCGAUUUGAAAAGGAUCUUUCAUUUUAUUGUUCAAGCUCUACGUACUUUUGGGAGUGACGAUAGGCAAAUGAAUAGAGAAUCAUGCCUAUUAUUAAGCCGUUUGCUUGCCAUAGCAGAGUCUGUCCUUAGUUGGUUUUUUGCACCGACUACUAUGCUUCCGAAACGAUUAAUUGGCGUUUUUGAAGCUGAUCAGAACCCAUCGUUGAGGCCAGGCCCUCAAUGGUCAGAAGUUUUUUUAGAUCCGGCUGUUGUAGAACUUUUUUAUAGAAUCCAUUACAAAGUUCGCCACUUGCCUGAUUUAUGCCAUCACACUCUGAACUGUCUAACCCAAUUAGCUUCGUUGAAUGGACCAGUGAUGGCUAACAAAGAUGUACGUGUUUCGUACAUCUCUCAUUAUUUGACUCAGUUUGUUCACUUUGUUGGCGGUGUUGAAUUGCGCGCUCAAGAAUGCCUAGGUGUAUCCUCCAUCUUCCGAAAGCUUGUGCUCUUUUUUCCACCUGAUACUUUGGCAGCUUUGAAUCCUGACCUACUGCAAACAGUUUUUCUCCACUGCACACGACUGACAUGCAAAUUCGCUGAACAGGCUGAAAGGGAAUCAGCCUCACCGUCUGAUGAUAACCUUUCAAUGGAAGCGUUUGAUAAUAUGGUUAUAGGAUGGGACUCUUUAGGGGUGGACUCUGCGUUUAUCAAAGAAGAAUGGCGCAUUGAAAUCCUAAAUACUUAUAUAAAAUGUCAUUUAGGAUCACCUGACGGUAUUCGAGGUGAUGGGGCCAAUGAAGAAACAGAGGAAGACAUUGAUGAAACCGAAGAAGAUGAUAAAACCAAAUUUCGUGACCAAUUAAGUAGCAUUGGUGCAUUCAGCCGCUCUGUAGCUUCUCAUAGUCUAGUGUUAUUAGCUCGUUUACUGGAGGAUCGAAUUACGCGAUUCAGUACACAACUCCAGCGAAUGCAUGGCCAAUCACUUAGUCAAAGCGAUCAGCAUCAGCUAGGAUCUCUGUUCGAAGAUCUCCAUUGGCUCUUACUCAUCUCCGGUCACACACUCACGUUAGAUUCUGACGGGGAAACUGCCAUCAUACCGCAAGAAAUUUUGCAGCAUAGUAUCGCUCAAGCUCCAACCGUCAACGUCGAAACGACACUUAAGGUUAUUGCUUCUCCCGGUAACCGUGCGAUGGACAUUGCAGGAAUGGAAGAGUCUUGUGAUCAUGUGGCUCGUUUGAUUGCUGCUGUGUUGCGGUUAUGCGAAGUCGAACGGCGUGCUUCCGAUGCAGGGUUAGCUCACCUUCUGAGUCCGGAAAUGGGUUCAACUAUUGUUUGGUGGCUGCGUCGUUUUGCACUGACCUAUAUGUUACCAAACGAGAACUUGUACAUUGAGUUCAGCCCGUCUUUUUCGGCCGCCUUUGGACGAGAUUCUGAAGGAGCUAAUUGGAUUAUCGGAUUUCUCUUGAAUAAAGUUGAAUCCAACUUACGAACACAGACGGCUGAAUCCGCAUUGAUGAACGAAACAUUACAGCUUCUAAUGGCCCUUGUUGAUACUAGAGAAAAGAGAAAUGUGGUUAUCAACAGUGGGCCAUUCUGGACGUUGGUUCGAAUGCAUAACAGUAAUGAACUUCUUCAACUUGGCGGGAGUGCUAGGCGGAAAUUCUUUCAGGCACUUACGAUUGCUGGUGCUGGGGCUAAUAGUCCACUCGGUGGAUUAGGUGAUCAAAACUAUUUUUGGAAUCAAGUCCUCAAGCCACUAGAAGAUCGUUUGAUAUCUCUCAUCCAAUCAGAGAGCCUUAAUCGUCUAAUUCAUCAAGAUGAUGUUCGCUUUUCUGUUAGCACGGCUUUGGAAUCACUUAUAGGUGUCGUCAUGGGAAGUCAGGUUGCCACUGUUCAGAUGUUAUUUGCAUCCCUACAACCCGUUCUUCGUGAACUGCCAAAACUUAUCCAUGCUGCCCACAAUUACAAUCUCAUAGUAGAGUUGAUUCUGGAACUUUUAAGUACCUGUGCCCGCAUAAUGCUCAUUUUUCUAUCUCAAUCUGACAGUGAAAAACUCUAUCGUUUAGCUUUAUCUUCAACACAAGCAUAUGCAUCUCAUACUAGCGGUCGGGUUACACGUGAAGCAUCUGCUGAAGAAGAUGCUCACCGUGACCUACUUCUGUUUAUGGAAUUAUUAAUGAAUUUGUUGUCCAAAGAUAUUAUUGACCUGAGUCCAUUUGCUGCAGAAGGAACGCCCAUAUCUGCAUCAGAGGUUUGUCUUCAUGGAUUAAACUUGUUGAUGCCGCUGAUGAAUGCCGAGCUACUUCGCUUCCCUCAGCUGUGUUGGCACUAUUACAAACUUAUUACUUUCGCUUGUGAAAUAUGUCCUGCAAAAAUAGUGUCCUUGCCGUCCCCAAUGUUGUCAAACCUUUUUGCAUCCUUACAGCUGGGUAUGACCUCCUUCGGUUCUGAUGUCGCGGCCUUCUGCUUUGAAUUUAUUCAGGUUUUGUCAACUCAUUUAGCCAAGAAUGAUAGGACAAGUGCUGCCUAUGAAGCAAUGAAACCAUUUUUGAAAAUUGUACUAGAAAUGAUACUUUGCCAGCAAGUGAGUUCGGAUCUCCUGAACGUUGCCAGUGGAACAUUUUAUGCCCUCAUUUGUGCAUACCAGACCGAUUAUCAGCUUCUCGUAGAAGAAUUGUUGUCUCGACAAGAGGAGGAAGCCUGCCGGAAUCGUUUAGUGAAUGCCUUUAACAACUUGACGGUUGGAGUACCCUUGAAUGCUGAACGAUUAGGGCGAAUAAAAUUUCGCGAUAAUUUCGAUGCCUUUAUUAUGGAAGUCCGCAGUCUUUUGAUAGUUAAAUGAUUGCUUGUGUAAUUAUUGUGCCUUUUUUCUUUGGAAGUAAGCCAGUUGAUUCAACUAUGUUUCGUUUCUGAAUUCCUACUUUUCAAAAAGUAAAUCCAUGCAAAUACAUCGAGGGCUGAUUUUAUUUAA